AUGUUGCCCAGAUCUUGUCUUAUCGCCCUUGGGCUUGCGCCCGUGUAUUUAGCCUCGCCCCUACAGGUUCCUUCGCAUAUCGAUUUAGUCCAACGUGCGACCUCAGGAUUCAAAGCCAAACCUGGCACGGAAACUAUAUUCCCAUCAGAUGUCACGGGCGGCAUAUACAAUGACACUGUCAAGUUUGGCUUGUUGAGUGCACACCAAACAAUUGGUUCAGCUAAUCCACAAGCGGACGGGUCAGACCUGAUCCCUGGUGAUGGAAUCAUUGGAUUCGGAGAUAACUCCCUGGCUAGCCUUGACGGUGCUUCGCCCUUUUUCCAUUCUCUGUGCGCCCAGCACAAAGUAUCAGAGUGUCGAUUUGGCCUUGUACUGGGAUGCGAUAGAGGCACUCAAGUAUUAGGAAGACUUGACAAAUCGCUCUUUGAAGGAGAGCUCACCACGACAUCUAUUGUACAGGAGUGGAUCAUCUUUGCCGAUUUGGCUUUCAACGGAAAUGUGUUCAGAAAAGAUGUGCUAGUUGAACUAGAUUCUGGAACUGGAACUAUUAUUGCACCUGUUGCCGAAGUUGUCGCUGUAUUUGAGGAGAUGAAGAUGCAAUAUGUUGUGCAGAAAUCUGGAGAUGUCACCAGUGUCAAAGGUUACUUCCCAUGCGACCAACCGCCAUCCUUGGGGUUCAGCAUUCCGUCUCAGUCGAACGUAACUGCUGCUGCAAAGGAGCACUCGAAUUUGAUCAGCCACAAGUCUUCAACUUUCAAUAUUCCACAUGACCAAUGGAUUGCUGCAGACAAUGGAAACAACAAUUGCACUGCCGUCUUGUCUGGAACAAGCGAGAUCAAAUAUCCUGGCCUGUGGGUGGUUGGCCAACCAUUCUUCCAUGAUAUCUACAUCGAUCACAACAUCGCCAAUCAAACUGUUGGAUUUGCAAAAGCUCGGUCUUGA